AUGGUUGUCGCGCUUAUGAAGCCAAACAUAACGUUCCUGAUCAAUAAGCUACUUCGAGUCCCGUCUGUCGGCUACGUAACCGAAAAGAAUGCAUCAGGACUUGGGAGACGCUCACUUGUUGCGAGAAUGAGUGGUCGUGCUCCUCUGCUCGGCGCUGAGUCGCCAGUGCUUAGCAAAGAUCGACGUCGGUUCAUUAUCAUCUCUAUUUUUGAUGCGACUCUUACAACGUUGCUUUGGCUGCUUUGCACG